UAUGAUUACGCCGUCCCUGAGACUGAGGGAGUGCUAGUUAACAAUGUGCUAUGAUAUGCAUCCGUCGAAUACAAGCAAGUUAGCUGGCUGGUCCAGGGGUCGACGGAGUUUCUGGUUUGCAGCUCAACUUCUUUGAUCGAUCCCAAAACGGACUGACCCCUCGAUGGAUGGACCGGCCAGAGCCAGUUUAAACUAGCUUUAACCACCUGUUGGUUGACUGGUUUGCUCCCGUACCAGUGACCAGCUUCCCUUCUCCCUCCUUUUGGCUCUCGAGGGAGUACAUGGCCGUACCUAUACAUGCAGUCUCACGUCAGAACUGGCACAGCCACCAAGGUUGAGAAGGUACAGGUACUUCUGGCUACCACCACGCAUGCUGGUUCCAUCCGUUGGUGGCCUACCAAAACGCUGUCCACGAAGAAGCUUUUGGGCCUUUCCUGGUUCUCGAGAUCUCUAUCUACACGACUAUUAUUUACCGAGCCAUCUAUCUCAUUUCUCCAGCCUUGGACAGGGCAAAUGGGGACCAGGGCGGGUGUGACAGAGGGCAGGCCGGGCGCUCUCAGGAAGUGGGCAUCCAUGGAAUGGGACGGACGGAGCUCUUCCUGCACUCGCAUUCCCACUGGAGAGGGUUAAAAUUUAGGGAAGACGCAGAAGAGGCAAUGCAGCAGACGACGAAGCCCGGAUUAAAGACGUGCAUCCAUCGCAUCUUGCAGCCUUUAUUGAAGCAUGGCCCGGAGUCUUUCUAUACAUAUAUAUCCAUUAUAUAUCAACUCCGUAACCAGCUAGCUAGUUAUACGAACGAGGACGGCGUCUUUCUUUGACCGUUUCAGCUUUGCCUGACUACAAACUAAAUGAAUAAUAACUAAACAUCCAAGUAAUUUGUUGCUUAAAUAAAUAUUAUAUUUUUAUAU